AGAUAAGAUUAAGAAGCCUUGCUUUCCGCGCAGAUAUCCGGCUUAAGAAGCCUCCACUCACUCUUCUUUGGCGAAACAUUUAAUCAAGGUUGGCAAUUCGUCGCCUAAAAUCAUCACUUCCAACAUAAAGUGAGAGAUUCAUAGAAAAACAGAUUGCGUUUGCAGCCUCAAUGGCUGGUGGAGGGAAUGCGGUUGGCGGAGGCGUGGAAGCUGGUCCCGGCCCGCAUCCUGCCAACACCGAACCUGCACGGCAGCCAUGAAGGAGCGACGUCUACUUCUCGCGACCUCUGCGGUGCUGCUGAUCAUUGUCUUCCUUCGCGUGGCGCUGGACAAGUCCUCCAGGAGGAGCCCGCCUCCUGCCGUCCUCAAGAGUGCCGUAGAAAACCCGACGUUGAAGGACAGCUGUUUCGACUACGUGAAUUUCACCGCAGAGAACGUCUGCUGUAAGAUGCGGAAGUACACGGCGGGGGACGUGCUGCGCUGCGUCGAGCGGUUCAGUGCGGAGCAAAGACUACAACACAAAAAGGCAGCAAACACCAUCUUCCGAGCCAACUCGACCGCCUUGCCUGCAGUGACCCACAUUGCCCUGGUGGGAGACUCUCACAUGAGGAACCUGUUUGUGUCUGUCGCCGAGCACAUUGGGAGUGACAAGCUGCAAUUCAGAAUGAAGUCUGGAAAGGACGUCUGGCGGGAAGCAAAGGGGGUGUUGAAAACAAUGCAUUUACAGCAGUUCAAAUACACUUCAGAGGUGCGCCACGUGAGCGCCCCUUUCCGCGUCACGUGGUACAGGGACUGGAAGCUCGACGGUUUCCCCGAACUGAUCCAUCGGUGGGAGACGAACCAGGAGCUCAGGCCUUCGCUGGUCAUUACAGGAGGGGGGUUGCACUGGAUGAAGCACCACCCCCCUCCCACGGGGGAUCCUUUCAGGAAUUUCCUCACCACGCUUGCGCCUCACCUCAGCCGCCUCGCCGCCGCCGUGCCAGUCUACUUCAAGCUCAUCGAUUAUGUGCCGAGAUCAUAUACCGAGGUUAACAGAUAUCCGGACUUUAACCCAAAAGCCAUUACCCUGUACAAUUCCAUAGCAAGACAACAGUUACAGGGAACCGGCGUGGUCAUCUGGGACAGCACGCUAAAGCUGUCGCUUGCCUAUACUAAAGAGUGCGUUAGAGUCAGGAGGGUCACGCCAGACAACUAUGAGUGGAACUGCGCUGACCACGGACACAUAGGAUACAUCAUGCUGGAACAGUAUACUGACAUGAUAUACAAUGUUUUUUGUAACAGGUUUCUAAACUUGACUGAGAAAUAUUGUAACACUGGAAAUGAUUGAAGAAAGAAAUGUCGAUACCUUAUGCAUUAAUGUGCUGUGUGGUGCAGUGGUAGCAAUCUUGUCUAGCAAUCUUGCUGACCUAUAUUCAAAUCCCUCACCGCCAGUGGAUGCUAACCCCGGCCAUUCCCUGCACACAGGGGCUAAUUUAGAAGCAAAAUGAAACAAACAGCAUGUUACACCAAGAAUAUCCAUUUAAACAAAUGGAAUAAAACUAAAUAAUUAA